GGGAUUGGAGAGAGAAACGAUAAGCACUUAUUAUACGGGAGUCUGGAGGACUAGAUUCUAGAACUGAUCAAAUGUUUCCACAAUACUCAGAAACCCCAUGCAUCAUUGGUUCAUGACCCACAAUGGACGGCUUUGAUUUGAGGUAUUCCUGGGAGGAAUCAAGAAUGCGACAAAGGGAUUUGCAGAUUGAUUUCAGAUUUCUUCAUUCGAUAAAAUCAUGUUUAAUUUAAUCCAUUAAUUAAAUUAAUCUACGAAGAGAGAGAGAGAGAGAGAGAGAGAAAGAGAGAGGGAGAGAGAGGUUAGACGCAGCUGCAAGCGAGUGAGUUCGAACCAGUAGUCAUCAUCAGCUCCGUCUGCACUCCUUCUCGACACCCAUUUAUAUGCACAUCCGCUUUGAACUCUUUUUCUCUCUGUCGCCCUCUAUGUAGUUCUUUCUCUCUCUUUAUAGCCAGGGGUAGAGCAGUCGUUUUCUUUCUCUUCUGUUUCUUCCAUUUCCCGGCAAGACAAACUGCGAGAAUAAAGGGGGGAUCUUUUUCAGUUCGUUUCUUUUUUCUUUCACCUGCAAAACCCUAAAUUUAUUCUUUACUCAGAACCCUCCCAGUCUGGGCAAGUUUCUUUUCGUAUUGAAUCGAGCAGAAGAAUUCAUUAUUCGAGGCGGUUGAUUGGGCUGCUUUCGUUUCCUAUAAAAAGAAAUAUUUUUUUCGACCCUUUUUUUUAUCUUGGUUUUCAAUGGGAGACCCCCAAAAGGAAGAUCGAAGCGAGAGCAGCGAUUACACAUCAGAAGACGAAGGAACCGAGGACUAUAGGCGUGGAGGUUACCACGCUGUUCGGAUCGGUGAUACAUUUAAAAACGGCUGCUACGUCGUGCAGAGCAAGCUCGGAUGGGGCCAUUUCUCCACCGUCUGGCUCGCUUGGGACACUCAACAUUCUCGAUUUGUAGCUCUGAAAGUUCAGAAGAGCGCUCAGCACUACACCGAGGCAGCAAUGGAUGAGAUAACCAUACUCAAGCAGAUUGCAGAAGGGGACCCAGAUGACAAGAAGUGCGUCGUGAAGCUUUUGGAUCACUUCAAGCAUUCAGGUCCUAAUGGGCAGCAUGUCUGUAUGGUUUUUGAGUAUCUGGGUGAUAAUCUUCUGACGCUUAUCAAGUACACUGACUAUCGUGGAAUGCCUCUUCAUAUGGUUAAGGAAAUUUGCUUCCAUAUUUUAGUGGGUUUGGAUUACUUACAUCGGCAGCUUUCUAUUAUACACACUGAUUUAAAGCCGGAGAAUAUCUUACUAUUGUCCAUGAUAGACCCAGUUAAAGAUCCCAGGAAAUCGGGGGCUCCUCUCAUUCUCCCCACUAGUAAGGAUAAGACUGUUUUCGAGUCUGGGGCUGCAAAAGAUGUUAAGAGUUUAAAUGGAGAUUUGACGAAGAACCAGAAGAAGAAGAUCCGAAGAAAGGCUAAACGGGCAGCUCAAGGUUGUGUAGGGAAGGAAGUUUCUGAGGAAACUGACGCAGAUCCCAAAACAUCUUGUGCAGCUGACUCUUCUGAUGAUGUAAAAGCAAAAGCUGAAGCUAUAGAAGACCAGCCUAGCAGUUCUGUCAGCAAGAAGAACUCAUCAAACGCUGAUGGGGGUAAGGAAGUUCAUCAAGGAAAUCAGGGUCACAGGAGAGGGAGCCGCUCCACUAGGCAGAAGCUUUUGGCUUCAGUGAACCUCAAAUGCAAGUUGGUUGACUUUGGGAAUGCCUGUUGGACAUAUAAACAGUUUACAAGUGAUAUUCAGACAAGGCAGUAUAGAUGUCCUGAGGUUCUCCUUGGAUCUAAGUACUCUACUUCAGCUGACCUUUGGUCCUUUGCCUGCAUAUGUUUUGAGCUGGCGACUGGUGAUGUUCUUUUCGAUCCCCACAGUGGUGACAAUUUUGAUAGGGAUGAGGAUCACUUGGCGCUGAUGAUGGAGCUUCUUGGAAUGAUGCCACGCAAGAUUGCAUUAGGUGGUCGGUAUUCCCGGGACUUCUUCAACAGGUAUGGAGACUUGAGGCACAUCAGGCGGUUGAGAUUCUGGCCACUUAAUAAGGUUCUCACGGAGAAAUACGAGUUCAGCGAGCAAGAUGCAAAUGAUAUAGCUGAUUUCCUGGUCCCCAUACUGGAUUUUGUCCCUGAGAAGCGACCCACAGCAGCACAAUGCCUCCUUCAUCCUUGGAUAACUGCAGGACCUCGGCUUCUUGAGCCAGCCUUGCCCUCUGUUCAAACCUCAUCUGUAGAAUGUGAGAAGAAAAAGAGGGAGAAGGAUGAGAGAGAGGCAAUGGAGGUGGGUGUAGGCAACAUUGCAAUUGAUGUAACUGCAAAGCCUGUUAAAGAUACUCAACCUAGUAAUAAGCCCACCAAGGCAGCUGUUAAUCCAUCCAGGUAGUUUUGCGGCACUGUGCAUCUGUUAUGCAACGUUUUUGGACAUAGAGCUAUUUCGGAAGCACUAUUUGUGUUCUUGUGAGGAAUAAUCACUUAACCUAAUGGUUCAUCAUUCGGGAUCUGAUAUGGAUAUGGUACAUUGCGGUUUUGGUGCAACUUUGAAAAUCUCUGCCCAAGUUCAGGUGAAUUGAAAGGAGGGUCUCAAACCAGGUGGAUUUUUUUUUUUUUUUUAUUCUCUGAAGAUUGUUUCCAUUUUCUCACUUGUUGGGACGGUGUUGAGCUUCCCUUCAUGUACAACUGGUCUGCUUGGCGUUUGUUGUACAACUUUAUUGAUAUUGUAGGAGGGAUUCAUGUAUCACAAAUCUUUCCUGGAAAUAUACAUUCUAUACAUUUUGUUUUGCUUCUUUAUAGAGUUAA